AUGGGUGUUACUGGUCUUUUACCCGCCCUCAAAGAAAUCCAAGAACCAGGAACGUUAGAACGAUAUCGUGGUAAAACAUUAGCCAUCGAUACUUAUGGCUGGUUACAUCGUGGAUUAAUCUCAUGUGCCCAAGAACUCUGCUCAGGUCAACCUACUCGAAAAUACAUUACUUCAAUAAUAAACAAAGUUCAAAUGUUACGACAUUUUGGUGUAGAACCAUAUUUCGUAUUUGAUGGUGCCUCACUUCCAACCAAAGAACAAACCGCAUUAGAACGUCGGACGAAACGAGAAGAAGCUAGAACCAAAGCGGAGGAAUAUACACGGUUGAAUAAACUGAAAUUGGCAUUUAAGGAAUAUAUGAAAGCCGCAUAUGUGACUUCACAAAUGGCGAAAUCUAUAAUGGUCGAAUUAGAUGAAUUAAAUAUCAAAUAUAUAGUAGCACCAUAUGAAGCCGAUCCCCAGAUGGUAUAUUUGGAGAAAAUCGGAUUGGUAGAUGGAAUCUUAUCUGAAGAUUCCGAUUUGUUGAUUUUUGGAUGUAAGAGAUUAAUCACGAAAUUGAAAGAUGAUGGAACCUGUGUUGAAAUUAAUCGAGAGAAUUUUGGGAAAGUUAGACAAAUCCCUUAUUUAUCGACAUAUACUCAAGAACAAUUACGUUUAGUGGCCAUGCUUUCUGGAUGUGAUUAUACGAAGGGGGUAGCUGGGAUUGGAAUGAAAGGGGCAUUUACAUAUGUGAGGAAAUAUAAUAAUUUGGAAAAGGUUUUAAUUGCAUUACGUGCUGAUGGAAAGAAAAUCCCGGCGGAGUUUAGGGAGGAGGUUCAAAAAGCAAAUUUAGCGUUCCAGUUUCAAAAAGUUUUCAAUCCUGAGGUGCAGGAGUUGAGAACUUUGAAUGAAUAUCCUGAGCAUUUAGAUGUGGAGUUUGAGGUUUUGGAAUCCUGUUGUGGGAAAACUUUGAAUAAUGAGAUUUAUAGACAGAUAUGUAAUGGUGAGAUUGAUCCUAAUAGACAUGAGAUUUUGGUUUCGAGAGAACAAUCGUUGAAUUGUUUGAAGAGUCCUUCGGUGAAUCUUGGCAGAACGAUAUCCAUAUCCAAUAAGAUUGAAACCAAGAAACGGUCAAUUCUUGAAUUACUUAAAGUUUCCAACAAGUCAACCUCAACCACACUCAAAAUCUCAAACAGUGAAUCAACCACCACCACCACAAUAUCAAUGAAAUCAGAAUCUCAAAAAACACCCGAGAGACAAUUCAAAAAACCAAAGAUUCAAACUACAACAGACAAACUAUCACCCACAUCCAGAAAAGUCAAACGAAUAAUCAUGACCCCAAGUCCAUCAAGAGCACAAAAGAGUAAAUUCUUCUCCCCACCAGAUGAAGUCGAUACCAAUGUCCCAGUUAAGGAUAUAUCAUACCCCAGUCCGGAUAUUUCAAUAGCUACCACGCCAAAAGGACCGAUUCAUGGUAGUAUUGAUGCAUUUUCGAGUUUUUUGGAAGAUUCUGAAAUUCCAGAAGGGUCAUCCCCAAUUAAGACCACGGAUGGAAAGGGGUUUAGGACUGAUAAUAUACUUGAUGAACUUAGUGGAAUCAGAGAGAAUGAGUAUUAUGAAGAAGAUGAUGAUGGGGUUGAAGAUUCUUUGAAAGAAGGGGAAGCUGAAGAAAAAACUCCGAUUAAGAAGAAAGAUACAACUAGUCGUGAUGAUGGGUUUGAUAUUGAUGAACACGAGGAUGAGAUUGAAGAAUCUCCUAUAAAGACAAACCAAUUCAUUCAGGAGUUUAAAUCGGCAUUAAGGGAUGCUUUUCUGUGUGAUUCGACGGGUAGGUCGAGUAAUUUUAAGGAAAUGUUUUCUAAAAAACUGAAUAAAGUAAUAUUAGGUCCAAAUAACACUACAACUAGUGGGAAGAAGUCACAGAGAAGAAGUUUGCACGUGGUGGAGAAAUUGCAAGUUAGCAAUAGUGAAAAUGUUUCUUCUGCGAUAUCGACGGUUGAAAGCAGUAGGAAGUUAAGUCAGACUGUAGAUUUGAAACAAUUUGCAUAUAGAAGACGUUAG